AUGUUCCCUUUCAUCUUCCUCCAUCUUCUUCUCUUCUUCACCACUUUCACACCUCAAGUAACCUCUCUAAACCCUGAAGGCUAUGUCCUCUUAACACUCAAACAAUCCAUCACAGACCCACAAGGCUCCAUGAACAACUGGAACUCUUCUGACCAAAACCCAUGUUCAUGGAACGGAAUCACAUGCAAAGACCAAACCGUUGUUUCCAUCAGUAUCCCGAAAAGGAAACUUCACGGUUCUCUCCCUCCUUCUCUAGGAUCUCUCUCAAAUCUUCGCCAUCUCAACUUCAGAAACAAUCAACUCUUUGGUACUUUACCUCAAGACCUUUUUCAAGCCACAGGUCUUCAAAGUUUAGUGCUUUAUGGAAAUUCCUUAUCUGGGCCUGUCCCAAAUGAGAUUCAGAAUCUUAAGUACCUUCAAACUCUUGAUUUGUCUCAAAAUAUCUUUUAUGGGUCAUUACCUGAUUCAGUUCUUGAAUGUAAGAGACUUAAAGCUCUUGUUUUGAGUAGAAACAAUUUUACUGGCAUUUUGCCUGAUGGAUUUGGUGCUGGUUUGUCUUCUCUUGAGAAGCUCGAUCUUUCUUUCAAUGAUUUUCAUGGUUUGAUUCCUGGUGACAUUGGAAAAUUGUCAAGUUUGCAAGGGAAUCUUGAUUUGUCUCAUAAUCAUUUUAGUGGUUCAAUUCCAGCUAGUCUUGGAAAUUUGCCUGAGAAGGUUUAUAUUGAUCUUACAUACAAUAAUUUGAGUGGCUCAAUACCACAAAAUGGUGCUUUGAUGAAUAGAGGACCUACUGCUUUUAUUGGAAACCCUGGCUUAUGUGGCCCACCUUUGAGGAAUCCAUGUGGCUCCGAUGUUCCUGUUCCUGCUCCAGCUACUAGUUCACCUUCCUCAAAUCCAAACUUUCCUGGUUCUGUGAAAAACAAAGGGCUGAGUAAAGGUGCUGUGGUUGGGAUUGUUGUUGGUGAUUUGAUAGGAAUUUGUCUUUUAGGUUUGUUGUUUUCGUUCUUUUACUCGAGGGUUUGCGGUUUUAAUCAGGAUCAGGAUGAUGAGAAUGAUGUUAACAACAAGGGAAUGAAAAGAGGGAAAGAGUGUUUUUGUUUCAGAAAAGAUGGAUCUGAGGUACUAUCUGAUAAUGUUGAGCAAUAUGAUCUUGUUCCGUUAGAUUCACAAGUUGCUUUUGAUUUGGAUGAGCUUCUUAAGGCUUCGGCUUUCGUUCUUGGUAAGAGUGGAAUAGGGAUUAUGUACAAAGUUGUGCUUGAAGAAGGGCUUGCUUUGGCUGUGAGAAGAUUGGGGGAAGGUGGUUCUCAAAGGUUUAAAGAGUUUCAAACGGAAGUUGAAGCUAUAGGGAAGUUGAGACAUCCAAAUGUUGCUACUCUUCGAGCCUAUUACUGGUCUGUUGAUGAGAAGCUUCUCAUAUAUGAUUAUGUACCAAAUGGAAGCCUUGCUACCGCAAUUCAUGGGAAGGUUGGACUUGCCACAUUUGUGCCGCUAACUUGGUCGGAUCGGUUGAAAAUCAUGAAAGGAACAGCAAGAGGUGUGGUCUACCUGCAUGAAUUCAGCCCCAAAAAGUAUGUCCAUGGAGAUCUAAAGCCAAGUAACAUACUUCUCGGACAUGACAUGACACCCUACAUUUCUGAUUUCGGACUAGGUCGCCUCGCAAACAUCGCAGGCACUUCCCCGACCCUUCAAUCAAACCGAGUGGCUGCAGAAAAACUGCAAGAUAGACAGAAGAGUCUGUCCCAUGAAACCGCAACAAGUAUUUUAGGAAAUGGCUAUCAAGCUCCAGAAGCAUUAAAAGUAGUGAAACCGUCGCAGAAAUGGGAUGUUUAUUCAUACGGCGUGAUCUUGUUGGAAAUGAUCACAGGAAGAUUACCUAUUGUUCAAGUAGGUAACACAGAAAUGAACCUCGUUCAAUGGAUUCAGUUCUGCAUCGAAGAGAAGAAGCCACUCUCGGAUGUGUUAGAUCCAUAUUUGGCCGAAGACUCGGACAAAGAGGAAGAGAUAAUUGAAGUUUUGAAGAUUGCUAUGGCUUGUGUUAAUAGCAGCACUGAAAAAAGACCUACAAUGAGGCAUGUACUCGAUGCUUUGGAUAGAUUGUCUGUUUCAUCCGAUUGA